AGUCGCGCGGCAUGCGGCGCAACGUGCGUGCGGACGGUUUUGUUUUCGACGCGAGUUUUUUGAACCGCACCGCGAAUUCCGUCCUCGUUGUGCACACCUCGCGUUCUCCACUGUUGCCCUGUCCCCUGUAACCCUGAUAGCUUUUUAUUCUCUGGUUUCUAGCUCCUGUAACCUUCUGGUCAACUCCCACCUCAACUUACCCUUAGUUCUCCUACCCCCUCCCCAUUACAAAAGCCGUGGCGGCGAUUUGCAUUAAAAGUUUCAUUCCCGUAAAGUCAGUGAGCCGAAAACACAAAAAAGAAAGAAUAAAAAAGUGUUCCAUAGUGCUUCUGCUUUCACGGAAACAGUGUCAAGCGGCAGUCACCGGAAACCCGAAAGAGUGAACAGCGUCUCUGAAUCGCCUGAAUUAAUUUCGCAUCAGCAACUCCAUACUCAUACUCUCGCGAUGUCACACCUCAGCGAAACGAAGAUUCAUCCGUCCAAGAAAAAAGCCCCUUUGACGAAGCUGCAACGACAAUCGAAUUUUUAAAUUCCUGAUAACUCCGACCAUAGACAGCACUGCCCAGAUUGACGAGAGAAGGAUCAAUAUAGAAACAAGGAGAAAAGACAAUAUGAAAUAAUUUUUAUAAUCCUUUCGUGGUAAUUAAUUUCUAUGAUAUUAAAGUAAGGAGAAUUUUGUUAUAAUUCCCUACGCUUACUGUCGCAUAAUAUAGAUCAUUUCUAUUAAUUUCUAUAAAUCGCCUAAUCAACAAAUUUUUGAAAAAGGAAAUAAAAGAAUAGAACCUCAAGAAAGAAAUUUCUACAAGGAAAAUAACCUCACAAAAGGCUGCAAUAUAUUAACAAUUUCGAUUUUAGUAAAUUUGCGAAAAAUAUAUCUAAAAUAAGUGAAUUAUUCUUUCAAGAGCCCAGAAACGCUGAAUUGAGCAUUCGACUGAUAUUCUCUUCUACUUUGGCAAGUAGCGAUCAAGAGGAAGCAAUUUUGCAAGCUCCCAAAGGCCUCUCGGAUAUUGGCAAACUUUGGGAAGUCAUUUGUAGGAAAUCGUCGAUGGAUCUGGCUCUAAUUCAGAGAUCUAUAAAGAAUUUAAAAAAAAUAUCCAAGAAUCUGGGAAGUAGAUUCUCCGAAGUUCCUUGUGUUGAAAGUGUUGAUAGUACAGUAGCAGUCAAUUUCCUAAUUUUAGAAAAAGUUUCUAUAGCAAAUGUUUUUCUAAUUCUAUAGACUGGAGCUGUUCCCUAUCGAAUUUUAAUGACACAAUUGGGAAGAGUCUGGAUAAAUGUAAAAAAAAAAGGAACAGUUAAAAGAGAAGAGCAAAGGAAAAAGUAAUCCAAACAGUGCAAAUUCACUGGCCAUCUGUUACGAUGUGAAAAUAUUUUGUUCCUACAUCUUUUACACUUUUCUCGAGUGAAAGUCUUCUUUUGAGAUGAAAAUGCAUCCAAGUCCUUGGGAGGAUGCGAGAUUCGAAGAGCGAUUGUUGGAGGAUCCUAUCCUUGGAGGUGUAAAGUGUUAAGUGCCUUUAGCCCCUCCACGGUUCUCCCUCCCCCCUGAAAUUAAGUCGUGAUAGGAGGGAGAAGGAGCGCAUUACAAAUGGAAACAACGUGUGUAUACGUACUUUAAAAGUCGACGGUCGGAGUCAAAGGAGCGACGAGCACGGAAUGCUCCGCUGAAUGAGAAGUGCCUUCAGUGACAGGAUCGAUUCCGGUCGAUUCCAUCGAUUUCUUAUUAUUUUUUAUUUUACUUUUUUUAAAAAUAUAUUUGUGCUCAAAUACCAGGAUCAUGUGUCGUUUGUGGCAAGUGUGGGGUGCUUUUUCGUAAUAUAAAGUGCCUACAUCUGUGUUUGGAUUAAAGUUCGGAGUCGUCACCCUUCGAAAAUGAUCCUUCACGUCCUGCUGGCGAUGCUCUCGCUGGUUUUAGGCGCACCGCAAAAGUCUAUCUACGUUGACGAUAAAGCGCAAGACUAUCUGAUGAAGUUUGGUUAUUUGCCUCAAAGUGAUAUAGAAACUGGAAAUUUGAGAACAGAAGACCAACUCAGAGACGCCAUACAAAAUUUGCAGAGUUUCGCAGGCAUUCCUGUUACUGGUGAGAUCGAUGAAGAAACAAAAAAAUUGAUGUCUUCGAGAAGAUGUGGCUUACAAGAUAAGCCUGAUCCCAGGUACGCGAAUAUGAGGCGGCACAAAAGAUUCACCGUUCAUGGACAGAAGUGGCCCUCACCAAACCUAACAUGGAGUCUGAGAACGGAACAACCCAGUGGACUGGGAACAGGAGCUGUGCGUCUCGAACUCAGUCGGGCCCUAGCACUCUGGUCCGAGAACUCAAAACUCACCUUCCAGGAAGUUAACAGUGAUCGGGCUGAUAUUUUAGUCUUCUUUCAUCGGGGUUAUCACGGCGACGGAUAUCCGUUUGAUGGCAGAGGAAAGAUAUUGGCUCACGCCUUUUUUCCUGGUGGCGAUCGUGGUGGUGACGCGCAUUUCGACGAGGAGGAAAUCUGGUUACUGAAUGGCGACGACAGCAGCGAAGAAGGAACCAGUCUUUUUGCUGUGGCUGCUCAUGAAUUCGGUCAUUCGCUUGGAUUGUCUCACAGUUCAGUUCGAGGAGCGCUGAUGUAUCCUUGGUAUCAAGGUAUCACUUCAAACUAUAAGUUGCCAGAAGAUGACAGAAAUGGAAUUCAACAAAUGUAUGGCGCUCCUGAAAAUAAAUUGUGGGCCUACAUUCCGGUCGAUCCCCGAACACGGAGGCCUACGACGACGACAACUACCACUCCAAGAAUCACGACCACUACAUACAGACCUUGGAAAACGCGACCAACAUGGUCCCAUUAUCCCAACUACUACCCAGACGAUGAUAGACCUGGAAGACCUCCAGAUCGUUACCCUCACUAUCGAACAGAGAAGCCAGAUUACCGGCCUCGGGAUGGCUAUCCUAUAAAGCCGGACUACAGAACGGAGAGACCUGAUUACAAACCUCUACCUCCUAAAAACCCCCAUGUACACCAUCAUACCACAUCGACAACUACGACAACGACGACAACAACCUCCACUACUCAUCGACCAAGGCACCGCUGGACACCCCAGGUUAACGAGGACAUCCCGGAUAAGUGCGAUACUAGCUACGACGCUAUCAGCAUUAUCCGUAGAGAAGUCUACAUUUUCAAGGGUCGGUACCUAUGGAGAAUUGGAGAACAGGGUUUGUACGAAGGAUUUCCGGCGGAAAUAAGUCUCCUGUUCGGUGUGCCCAAGGACACCGAUCACGUGGACGCAGUUUACGAGCGACUGGAUAAAAAGAUCGUAUUUUUCAUUGGAAGACUUUACUAUGUGUUCAAUGCGAGAGUUUUGGAACCGGGAUAUCCAAAACCAUUAACUACACUUGGCUUACCGGCUUCCUUGGAGAAAAUCGAUGGUGCCAUGGUCUGGGGUCACAAUAAAAGAACUUAUUUCUUCAGUGGCACCAUGUACUGGAGGUUUGACGAUACUAUCAAUUACGUAGAAUUGGACUACCCUCGAGACAUGAGUAUGUUCGCUGGUGUUGGUUACAAUAUAGACGCCGUAUUUCAAUGGAAAAAUGGCAAAACCUAUUUCUUCCGUGGCAAAUAUUUCUGGGAAUUCGACGAUAUGCGGAUGAGAGUAUCUCAUGAGAAACCAAAACUGUCGUCAACUUUCUGGAUGAAUUGCUCUUCUGAAGUAGAUACAAACGACAUAGACGCAAUUCCAAGAAGAAGAACCCACUUGAAGAUUAGCUCGUCUUCUGCUUCAAAGAUAUCUUCUUCCUCCCUGAUUAUUCUUGUCUUAAUUUCCACUCUUUUGAGUCGAGCCUUAGCGAUACAAAUCGCUUUAUAACAUCGAACAAUGUGUCAUUUAUCUUCAAAGUAAUUAGUGGCAAUCAUAAUUACCAAGGUCGAAAAACCAAACGCUUAUAAAAAGAGUAACAAGAUUUUGUUUUAUUUAUCUAUAUAGAAAAACGAAUAAAUAUUUGGAAAGUCCAAUCUUAUAAAUAAGUUUAAAUUUGAAAGCAUUUAAAGUUUAAAGAAACUAUACUUUUCUAGUGUUACAAAUAAAAAAUGUCCAAAUAUAAGCUUUAAAUUUAUAAAUACGUUUUUUGGAACCCUUUAUUAGCACGCGUACUACCAAAAUACUUAUGUUCGAUUUAUAUAUUUAAGAGCGAUGCGAACUUCGUUUACGAAUGGCUGUAAAGUGAAUGUGAAGAUGUCUCCCUAAAAAUAUGAAAACUUUCCAUGAAAAUCUCUACACUACCAGAAAAAAUUAUGCGUCCACUUCGCCGAAUUACAGCUUUAAAAUGAAGUGAACAAUAAGAAAUUUCAACAAGUUUUCGAUAUAAUAUAAUAAUGUACUCGAGCCGAAAAUCACGCGAUUGAUGGGCAAUCGCUGGCCACGCCGCGGAAAAAUAUGACUCUGCAUUUCUUAGGAAGUUUCAGAAACUAGAUAAAAUUACUUAUUUCUCUUAGUUUCAUUUUGAAGCUAAAAUUACAAGCUAUAAGUCUGCAAAGUUUCGAAUUUUUCUCUUUACCGCCCUAAAAACUGCAGCGAUUCGAAGUUGAGUUUUUAAAAGUGAACGCACGAUUUUCACCGGUGGUUUAUUUUCGAAAAAAAGGUCAUAGGAAAGAAUCGCUAACGUCGGCAAUCGGCCGCAACAUUCCUGAGCGCGAAUUGUGAGUCGCGUUUAUUUUUCUACAGACCUUUUUCGACCCAUUAUUUAUACUCGUAUACGCACAGAUGCGACGACAAUGAUUAUAUAUUAUAUAAAUGUAUAUUUAUACUGAAAAACUUUAUUUAUACUUUUACACUAAAACCAAUUUCGUCUUAUUGAAAGGUCGCGAUAGAUUGGAUUGUCUUUAAGUGUAAUUAGGUAAGUUUAGAGAUAAAGAAAUGAAGAUGCAAUCUUUGCUCUUAACCGACCACUUAAAAUGGCAAUAUAAAUGCCGCCAGUUUUACAACUGUGAUAUUUAUGAAACACUACAAAAGUAGUGUAGAUAAAUUUAAAGCAUUACUUUAUUUUAUGUAAUUUUUUAGGUAGAAGUUACACUGAAUUUUAUUUAAAUUUAUCCUUUUAUUUUUUGUCUGAGUUAAGUAAAAAAAAU